AGUAUCGAAAGCUAGUCGCCGGCGGCUGAUGAUGUCACCGGGAAAUCGAACUAAACCGGAAAUACACAGAUAUAUUGGUUUGUUCAAUCCGGUUUAUUUCGAUUUGAAUUUUUUUCCUUUACCGUUUUUGCUUAGAAUCAAUCAGAAUUGAAAAAGAAAAGAUAAAUUAGAGAGAGACAUGACGAGUCCGCCGCAUAACUCCACCGCCGAUAACCAGCCGUCCGAUGGAACCGGCAAGGUACUCAGUGACGGUCAAAUGACGGCUAAUGAGGAAGCUGAAUCGUUUAAUGAGAACAAGAACUGUUCAGGGCACAAGCUAGAAGAAAUGACUGAUAAAGAUGAUUCAAAUUACAAGACAGGACUCCAUUACCAUCAAGAUAAGGGGAGGAUGAGUUUGACAUCUAUUGUGGCGGUGAAGUCUCCUUCAUCUAGUGACGCUCCCAUUAGGAGAACCAUUGAUCUUGGCCAUGGAAGUGAUCUCAUAUACAUUCAGAGGUUUCUUCCCUUUCAACAAUCUUGGACUUUCUUUGAUUAUCUCGACAAGCAUAUUCCUUGGACCAGGCCUACCAUUCGCGUCUUUGGUCGAUCUUGCCUCCAGCCUAGAGAUACUUGUUAUGUUGCAAGUAGCGGAUUGACUGCGCUGGUGUACAGUGGAUAUCGACCUAAUGCCUACUCGUGGGAUGAUUUUCCACCUCUUAAGGAGAUUUUGGAUGCUAUUUUCAAAGCGCUUCCUGGAAGCAGAUUCAACAGCUUGCUGUUAAAUAGGUACAAAGGUGCCAGUGACUACGUUUCUUGGCAUGCAGAUGAUGAGAAAAUUUAUGGCCCAACUCCCGAAAUUGCUUCAGUCUCGUUUGGAUGCGAACGUGAUUUUGUGUUGAAGAAAAAGAAACAUGAAGAAUCUUCACAAGAGAAAAGAGGAGAAGGUGGACCGGCGUUGAAGAGGUUAAAGAAAAGCAGCAGAGAGAAUCAACAAAGUUUGGCAUUGAAGCAUGGGUCGUUGCUAGUGAUGAGGGGAUACACUCAAAGGGACUGGAUUCAUUCCGUGCCAAAGCGUGCAAAGGCAGAAGGCACUCGUAUCAACCUCACCUUCAGGCUGGUUUUGUAAUUACGAGGUAUCAUAGACAAGAAGACAUUUCAAGAAGCUGUACAAAAUUGAAGGGGGGGGAAAGAAUGAUAAAGAAGAGUGGCAAGAUCUUGUCUUGUGCCUGCCCCUCUCUGUUAAGCAACAUGACUGUUCAAUAUCUAAAGUAAGCCAUGUCUCUGCCUUUAUCUCCUUGUUAUUUUCUUGAGGCGGGGCUAACAAGUCGGUUUUGUGUUUUUGCAAAGACAUAACCAUUUUUGGUCAAAAGGGAGACAAGGCUUGAGAAUUCGCUAUGUAAACUCCUUUGUGGAGUUACAUCUAUAUGGAUUAAACUCGUUUACUCUUGCAUAAUUGUCUCCGUUUGAUACAUUCGUUGUUAACAACAUCAGGAGAGGCAAGUUGAUUGGUCAUAAUAAUGAUUGUUAUUCUGAGUC